AAGCUUUAAAUUGUGUAGUGUUACAAGAAGUAUGAGUAACUAUUGUUGUCGAUUGUGAUUCGGACUUUGGUCAGUUUUUGGCAGCAAUCCUCUGUAAAAAGAAAAAAUAUUGUCAUUAAAGGUUUUAUAUUUAAAUUUAUAAAUCUACUUCACGUGUGUAUUCUAGUGUAAAUGUGCUUAGUUAGCCAGAAAAUUGUGUAACAAGACGUACAAAAUCAGAAAUUGGAAGAUAGCAUCAAAAUGUCUGUGAAGAAUUCAGAAAGUAUAAAUUUAACAAAUUUAAACAGCCCUACAAAAAGUGUACACAGUGCGGAAAGCGGAGGAGGUGGUGGUGAUUCAGAAGAUUAUGAUCCUCAUUUACAUCGGAACAGACCAAAUCCCACAACAAACUUCGAAACAUUGGUCCAUUUAACGAAAGGCAGUUUGGGUACUGGCAUUUUGGCUAUGCCAGAAGCUUUCAACCAUGCUGGAUAUUUAAGUGGAUUUAUUUCAACAUUUUUAUUAGGAGCCCUUUGUACAUACUGUUUGCAUGUUUUGGUCCAAGCACAAUAUGUUUUGUGUAAACGAAUGCGAAUACCAAUGCUUACAUAUCCUGAAUCAAUGAAAAUAGCUCUAAAUAAUGGUCCAAAUUGGUGUAAAAAAUUUGCAAAUGCAUCGCCGUUAAUAGUGGAUGUAUUUUUAAUAACGUAUCAAUUAGGAAUAUGUUGUGUAUAUGUGAUGUUUGCUGCUGAGAAUAUAAAGAAAGUAUGUGAUCCUUAUACACCACAACCAUAUUCCAUAGUUAUAUAUUGUACAAUAUUACUGAUACCACUUAUACUGAUUAAUAGUAUCAGAAAUUUGAAAUUAUUGGCACCAUUCUCAUCAUUUGCUAACGUCGUCACUUUCGUAGGUUUGGCAAUUACAUUAUAUUAUAUACUAUCAGAUUUCCCUGAUUUAUCAGCACGUCAUGCAGUUGGACCAAUUGGAAGUUAUGCCUUAUAUUUUGGUACAACAUUAUUUGCAUUAGAGGCUGUUGGUGUUAUUAUAUCACUUGAAAAUAAUAUGGCAACACCAAAAUCUUUUGGUGGAUGUUUUGGUGUAUUAAACAUUGGAAUGGGAUUGAUUACUGCCAUGUAUGCUGUAUUUGGAAUCUUAGGCUAUAUUAAAUAUGGUGCUGAAGCAAAAGGAAGUGUUACAUUAAAUUUACCACAAGAUGAAUACUUAGCACAAAGUGUUAUGGCUAUGUUCGCCGUCGCAAUUUAUAUUUCAUAUGGAUUACAAGCAUAUGUUCCAGUAUAUAUCCUAUGGACAACGUACCUCGAAAAAUAUUUAGAAAAUAGUAAUCGUAAAGUAUUAUGGGAAUAUGGAUUACGGGUACUAACUGUUAUAGUUACUUAUAUAUUUGCUGUUACAAUUCCACGAAUUGGGUUAUUUAUCUCACUUGUUGGUUGUUUAUGUUUAUCAACAUUGGGGCUUGCAUUUCCUGCCAUCAUUGAAAUGUGUACAUAUUGGCCAAAUAAUUUAGGUCGUUUUAAUUAUAUACUAAUUAAAGAUAUAUUAUUAAUAAUCGCUGGAAUAAUUGGUUUCUUUGUUGGUACAUACACAAGUAUUUAUGCAAUUGUUCAAUCGUUCAGUGUUCCAGAAUUGUCAGAAGUAACGCCAUCACCAUCACCCGAUAUCUGAAUGAACGUUGUUAGUUAAGCCACAAUAAAAUUACAAAAUCCAGUACACUUAUGUGUAAAAACUGUCCAAUUAUUUGCUUUUUGGCACUGGCAUCUAUUAAAUGUAAGCAAGAAUUCAAUUAAUAGUUAUAGUGUUCAAAAUAAUUAGUGGUCAAGAUAAUGUAUGUAGUGCCAAACUUGCAAAAUUCAUUUUUUAUUGAAAAAAAAAGUCAAUAAAACGCCCAACAACUGCUUUUUUGUAUUAAGUAAAUAAUAUUUGUUUUUAAUUUUUAUAAAAUGAGUAAGAAAUAUAAUGGAUGUUGCAAUUCUAGAUUUAUAACAUAAUUGAGAUAUAGAUGGGAGGAAAUAAAUUUGAGGUCUUUAUCUAUAAUCUCGAGAAAUCACAACACGUUUAAAAUAACUAAAAUUUGAUUCUGAACAUACACAAUUUGUUCCGAUCUCAGUGCUCUUUAAGCUAUACAGAAGCUAAGGUUCAUUGAAAAUUAAAUAUUAUUUAGGUGAUUUACUUGAUCAUAAGUAUAGACCUUCUCGCAUUUUAUAUGUUGUGUUUAACGAUUAACUUUAUAUUGACAAUAAAAAUGUUUUAAAAACUGGA